GUAUUCGUUCCGAGUGCAUAGCUACUUUUGCCAGCGGCAUCCACGGAAGUUUGAAUUCAACAGCGCCAUAACUAAGAGCGACUGACACGUCACAUGGCUCGUUGAAUCCCCUACACGGCAAUUCCGCCCUUUCCCAUCGCACCGAGCAGAUUGAGCGAACUCGUGGUGGAGUGAAAGAGUUCGUAUUCGGUAUCAGCUUCCCGCCUCCGGCCCCGGAGUCCUGCCGACCUGCCCUCACUGUCCCAUGACCUUCGUGAACGAGCAAGGCCUUGGGAUCCACGUGAGAACGCAGCACAGCAGUGCAAACAUGUCCAACGGCGUGCGGCUGCGGCGGAUGCUACGGAUGAAUCUCGAAGGGCGUGUCCUGCCGUGGGAAGAAGCCGGGCCUAGGCGUUGUUGGCACGUGAAGGUCGAUGAUGCGACGGGGGCGACUUCGUUUGUCCUCCAGCGGAAGCGCUUUCUCGAUCUAGACUUGUAAAGCGGCAGUUUUAUGGACCGCGAAACCAAGGAAACUCGUGGAGCUCCCAAGCGCAGGCGAUACGACUAUAGGUUCAAAGCCAAUGCUGUCAACCAGCUGCGCAUCCUCGAGGACAACGCCGCGGACCUCUGGAAGGAGGAGGAGCGCACGCCUCUUCAGUACUUAGAGGAUCGUCUCAAGGUUCACUACAGCAACGUACGCCAACAGGGCCAAUUGGUGAUGAAAUAAGAACAAGAACAUUUCGCUAGAGAAAAAUGGGACGGCGAAGAACAUGGCCAAUAAGAACACGUGCUCGGGCUGGGGCAGCCAAAACGAACUGAGCCUCGCUCAAAAUAGGAGUUCGUGGGAGGACUGUUGACAC